AUGCCUUACUCUAAAGACAGUUCUUACAACAUUGCUCGCUUGAAAUCAGCCUAUAAUUGGUAUCCAGUAGAAGAGUUACAAAAGAACGUUUAUGAAUUGGAAAACAUUGAUUUCAAUAAGCCCAACCUUCGCGAUUCACUCAGAGACAAAAUAAAAAAAAUUAGUGCUGGUCUUUCUGAAAAAGAACAAGACGCACUCUUUGAUAUGGAGAAAAGAUUUCCUUGUGACAAAGCUUAUGUCUAUCUUUACGCUUCAGGCUAUAUCAAGAUCUUUUCUGAACUAUGGGGAAAUCUAGAACGCUUUCAGUCAACCCAAGAAAAAGGAGAAGACAUUGUUUCCCCUUUUGAGAGGACAAGCCCCUAUCUCCAGCCUCCUCCUUCCUUCCUUUAUAAAAGUUUGAUGGAUCUAAAGAUGAAGAUUGGCGAUGGUGAGCAUGUCUAUAACUGUACUCGAUUUGAAGAAGUUUUUAAGGUUAAUUGGGAGUCUGGAGAUUCAGAACAGUAUACCAAAUAA